UUUAUUUUUCAAUUUUAAUAAUACUAAAAUAUGAUUAAUAUGUAUUUUUGUUUAUUUUUUAUAAACUGAGGGAAAUACAAUUACUUUAAAGCUUUGGUUUUAAUAUGGUCAUAAAAUCACAAAUAUUGGGUCUGAUGAAGAUAUGUGUUGUAAAUGAUCGUCUUAAAUUAUAAGAAAUAAGAUGCAUAAUAAUUGUUUACCUUGAUAUUGAUUACCAUAUUAUUUGUUCGUGGCCAACCCGCUUGUCAGCUUACAGCGAUGAAAAGCCGUAUGAAAGGGAGUCUUAUGUCUUACGUACAUAUAAAAAUAUUAUCAGAUAAUAAAUAUUUAUAUCAAUAUUGUUAAAUUUAUGACACUUAUUUGAUAAAUCUCCGAGCGAACAUAUCUGUUGUGUCACAGUUUUAUAUGAGAAACUGAAUGUAUUAUGUAUUAAAAAAAUAAAAUAAGACGAGUUUUUUUCCCCAGUUUUUGGGGUUAUCCUGCUGAUCAAGAAUGGAAGACCCUGUUGUAAGUCCGAAGAAAUCAUGGAAAAUUUUGAAGAAUGCUGUGGUGAUGAGCUUAGCGUUCAUGAUCCAUUUCACGGCAUAUAAUGGUACAGCCAAUCUUCAAAGUUCCAUUAAUGCGGAAGCCGGUUUGGGUACAACGUCGCUAGCAGUUGUUUGUGCAGGAUUCAUUAUUUCUAAUAUGUUCCUACCUCUUAUAGUCAUCAAAUGGCUCGGAACCAAAUGGACAAUAUCCUUGUCAUUCCUAGCUUACCUACCUUACUUUGCCGCACAGAUGUACCCUAGUUUUUAUACUUUAAUUCCAGCGGCUUUCAUUAUGGGAAUAGGUGGAGGACCUCUUUGGUGUGCAAAAAGCACUUAUUUGUCUGCCGCAGCCGAGGCUAAUACAAAGACUUCUAAUCUGUGUUUAGAGGUUUUAUUGGUGCGUUUCUUUGGAAUAUUUUUUAUGAUCUAUCAACUGAAUCAAGUUUGGGGAAAUCUUAUUUCAUCGUUAGUUUUAUCGUCGGGUGAUAAUUCAGCAGCUGUUACGGCUAUAAAUGACACCAUGAUAGCUGAGCUUUGCGGUGCUAAUUUUAUGCCAAGUGCACAUGCAGAUGAAGCAUUACAGCGACAACCUCCAGAAAAGAUUCAGAUGAUUUCAGGUAUAUAUUUGGGGUGUACAGUUGCUGCAUCCCUUUUAGUUGCUGUUGGUGUGGACUCCAUUAAGAGUAAUAAAAUUGAUCAGAAUAAUGCCAGUAAGUCUGGAAUACAUCUGCUGGCUACCACACUUAAACUACUCGUAGAGCCUAAGCACCUCAUGUUAGCCAGUAUUAACGUUUUUGUUGGCAUGCAACAAGCUUUCUUUGGGGCUGAUUUCACUGCCGCGUUUGUCUCUUGUUCUGUUGGCGUUGGAACUGUCGGGUUUGUUAUGAUGACUUUCGGCUUCGCCAACGCCUCAGGGUGUGUUGUUAUGGAGCAAAUGGCUAAGACAGUAGGACGUCUACCACUUAUUAUAGCGGCUUUUAUUAUUCAUGGUUCACUAAUGGUGACACUCCUCACAUUUAACCUCCAACCAAAUCAGCCUGUAGUCAUGUAUGUCAUUGCAUGUCUGUGGGGAUUCUGCGAUUCUAUUUGGGCGGUGCAAAUUAGCGCGUUCUAUGGAAUAGUUUUUAAAGGCAGAGAGGAAGCGGCGUUUUCCAACGUAAGACUCUGUGAGUCAUUUGGCUAUAUUAUUGCUUACAUAAUUUCUCCACACCUGAAAACUGGUGUAAAGACUUAUAUCCUAAUGGUGACUAUGUUGGUUGGAGUGGUGCUAUACAUCAUAGUGGAAUUUAGGGAAAGGAAAGCCAAUACAUCGACCGAAACAUCAGAACCACAAGAGAAAUAUAUUGAUUUUGAUAACAAAGCUUUCGAAUAUUCUAAGUAAAUAACACUUAUCUAUAGGAGGUGUAAUGUAUGAAAUUGUUAUUAGGAAAAAAAUACUUUUAUCAAUUAGAAGUAAGUGUUGUUAAAACCACCUUUUAUUUUAGGUAUUUAUAAUUUGUUAAAGAAAAUAAAUUUAAGACAUUUAAGAAACUGUGCUAACGCUA